AUGGAACAACUGAAGUGCCACGUCAAACAGUACGCGUGGGGAAAGUACGGAGAAGAGAGCGAAGUGGCGCGGCUCUUUGCCGACGGUCACGAGCACUUCCAAAUCGACGAGAAGACGCCGUACGCCGAGGUGAGUAACGUUUUGAUCCGCCACAAACAAAUCAUUGUACCGUAGUUCAAACGAAUUGUUUUGUCUCACAAAGAACUUGAUUCCAACUGAAGUACCUAGUCCCAAACGGUUCCGCCUCUGAAAAUGAUCUUCGAUGCCAGAUAACAUAAAGUGUGACUUUGCAGCUUUGGAUGGGAACCCACCCCGAUGGCCCUGCACAACUCAAAAAGUGCUCCACGAAGCUCUCGACGCACCUGGCCAAGAAUCCGUCGCCGCUGACGAACAACAACUCGGCGAAGAACAUCCACUUGCCGUUCAUCAUGAAAGUGAUGUCAAUCAGAACGACACUCUCCCUACAGGUCCAUCCCACCAAAGUACGUUCGGACGCGACCAGAACGAAAUAGAAUGAGACUGAGACUUGAUUUAUAGGAGCAAGCUCACCGACUCCACGAACAGGAUCCGCUCCACUAUCCAGAUAGGAAUCACAAGCCGGAGCUCGCGUAUGCUCUCACUCGAUUUGAACUUCUUUGCGGAUUCAGACCAGCCAGAGAGAUCUUGUUGAACCUUCAGAGUGAGUGAACGCAUCCCUUCAAUUUCUCUAUCGCCUUCUUUCAGCGUUCCCAUCGUUCCGGAUACUUUUCGGCGGUGAGACUCUUGCUAAAGCACUUGAAGACUGCAUAAAAGUGCUGGGCAACGAGGACACGAACUCUUCAGAGUACGAAAAGUCGAGAAAGGCGCUGGAAGACUGCUUCAGAUUCAUGAUGAUCCCUGACCGAGCCGAUGUUCAUGUAAUUCUUCGUUGAACUUUCUCACUAUCGUUUCAUGAUUCCAGGAUUUGGUUGCUCAAUUGCUCGCCGAGCUCGACCAAGGACUUCGUGGAUCCGUGGAAGAAGUGACUGUCGGCGUCGUCCGAAAAAUGUCCGUCGACUUCCCGAAUGACAUUGGAAUCUUCUCGCCACUCUUCCUCAAUCACAUGAUCCUCGAGCCGGGACAAUGCUGUUACUAUGCGGCCGAAGAGCUGCACGCCUACCUGAGCGGAGAGUGCGUCGAGUGCGUCGGCUGCUCGAAUAACACGAUCCGUGCGGCCAUGACUCCGAAAUACAUCGACAGAGACGCGUUGUGCAGUGUGCUCAACUACAAAAUGACCGAGCAGAAGGAGUAUUUGGUGCCGGAGACGAGAUUGACCGGAUGUGUGGACAUGUUCGCGCCGGACUGCAAAGACUUCCAGCUGCACAGGAUCCGAGUGGGGACCGAGGAGACGACGGAAAACUUGCUGCUGCCGACGCUCGAUUGUGCCUCGAUUCUGGUGGUUGUGAGCGGAAAGGGAACGAUUGAGGAGGCGACGGCCGACAAUCAGAUCGUCGGCGAGUACGAAGUGAAGCGGGGAGACAUCUUCUACAUUCCACCAAAACAAACGAUCCGGUAAGAGAACGUGAAAAGUUCAAACUUUCAUCGAACAACUGUAGAUUUGUGAAUUGUUCGGAGCCGCUGGAGGCGUACAGAACGUUCAGUUACGAGAUGGGUCCGGAUCACGAGUCGCGGAUCGUGUCGUCAGUUGCGAGCAGUGCGCCGACGACGACGACGAUCAAGGAGAAAAUGUUCAAACUGGACGCGGAUCUGGAAGAAGCGCCCGCGGCAGUCAUCUGA